AUGUUGAGGACAGAAACACAUCACGCCCUUUGCCCAAAAAGAAGCGAUAUCCGUGAAGGCGUAGUUUCAACACAGACUCGAACAGGAACAUCUAUCAAUUCAAAGGCGAUACCACAACAUCAAACGAAAGAACGUCCAUUAAAAACUACUAAGGAUAGAGACACUAAUGGGACACUUAUUGUCAAGGCAAACGACUCAAGAGACGGGACGCUUGCAAAUGAGUGUGAAUCUAUUGCCCACCGUGAAGAAUUUGCUAGUCAAAAGAAAGCGGAUAAGGUGCUACUUCUCACUGGAACAGGAAAAGUAUGGAACAACUCUGAAAGAAAGUGGAUAGAAGUCAAAAUUCUUUUCGAUACCAGCGCCGACCAAUCAUUCGUUGACAGUAAUCUAGCACAACGCAUUGGAGUAAAGUGCACACAAAAGCAACGUCUUAAAAUGUAUACGUUUGGCACAACGGAGCCAAAGUGUGCCGAAUAUGGGCUGACGCAUGUGAAAGUUAGCGAUCUUGAAGGAAAACAACAUAAUUUGCGUUUAUUCAUGAUUCCGGAUACAAUACACAGACGCAACGGCGUUUACUAUGUACGAUUGCCGUUCAAGGAGGACCACACCCAACUACCGGAUAACAGAGCCAUAGCGAACAAACGGCUUGUUGGUAUCUUACACAGACUGGAAUUGGAUCCAAACUUCCUACAAGCACAUGAUCGGACAAUGCAAGAUCAGUUGGAAAAACUGAAAAAGUUUCCGAUGGAUAACCAAUUCUUGAAGAUUGCAUAG